AUUCAAUAUUUAUUAAGUGAACCUAAAGAAUUGCAUAGCAAAGUAUUUUGUCCUUUUUUAGAAGAAGAUUGUCAAAAAACUAUAAAAACUUGUAGAGGAAUAAAAGUUUGUGAAAUAGCUAAUAUGGAUAUAGUAAAAACUCUACAUUAUAAUGUUAAUCCUGAUACAGAUUUAAUUCUUCAUGAAAAUAAUGAUUUGAAUGAAGAAAAUUAA